AUUUGUUUAUUGAUAUUUAUAUUGUAUUUAUCAAAAAAAUUUAAAAGUUGAAUAAAAUGGACGAGAAUAAUUUGGGAGAUUGUAAUGUUUGUGUGAUUGUUUCUUCAUUAGAUCCCAAAGAUUUUGUUGAACCAGAAUCAACAACAGUACUUUUUGAUUUCGUUGAAGAAACUCACGAAGAACGAUACAUUUUUAAUGCGUAUAGAGAUGUUUGUUUAAAACUAAAAGAACACCAAAUAUUGCACACAGUGCAUUAUGUUUCAGCAUUCUCCAGAGGAAUGGGAAAGGAAUUACAAGAAUUGACAAAAAAAAAUCAUAAAGUUUUUUUUGAAGAUAAAGAUUUUCCCUAUUCUGGAGUUCCUUUUAUUAUAUCUUCACAGUCUACUCUUGACUGUCAACAAGGGAAAGACCGAAAUGUUAAAGUAAAGGCUGAGUACAGAGAGAAAAAAAAUGAUGAAGCGGCAAGAGACCAUUCUUGUAGAAAACAUAAAAAUAUUGUGCAAGUUACAAAGAAAUUCGAUUGCCCUGCAAAGGUUCACAUAAAAGAAAUACUAGAAUUUCCAGAGUUUAAGGUUUAUAGAGAUUAUGAUUGGCUCAGGAAAGACACAUCAAAAAAACUCCGUUUAGCUUUGACUGGAAACAAAAAUAUGAUAGUGUCUAGAAAGUAUGUCUUGAUUAUACCAGAUAUUACUGUGCACAGAAACCAUUUAAUUGGCAAUGCAGCAGGUCUCAUUCAACCAAUUUCAGACGAACUUGUUAUCAAAAUUGGAGAACUAGUUAAAGGUGGAGUAAAUAGUGUAACAGAGAUGAGGCGGCAUCUGGAGAACUUUGUUCACAUCAAUUUUAGUUCAAGAAGUAUGCCAAAUAAAUCCAACAAACGCUUUUUCCCGUUGGAUGAAACUAUCCGCAACCAUAUGCUAAAAGCUAGAAAAAAAAUGUGUCACUCCCUAAUAGACCAAGAGUGUUUAAAUAAAAAGGUAGCAGAAUGGGCAAAUAAUUAUAAAGAAGCUUUUAUAAAGUUUCGUCCCAAAGGUGAAAACAAUUUAGAGGACAAUAAUCAAGACCUUCAAAAGUCCUUGUUGUUCAUUUUUCAAGAUAAAUGGCAAAGAAGGUUACUCUUGCGUUAUGGUAAUGAGCUAUCUUUUCUUGAUGCAACAUACCGAACUACUCGAUAUGCACUUCCUCUCUUCUUCCUAGUUAAAAUGACAUAAUGCGUGUUAAAAAACAUAUUUGGUAUUUCCCUAUUUGUGUCGUAUUUGGCAUUUGUCUCUUAACAUGAACACAAAUAACAAAUACAAAUUUUUAAGAAAUUUUCUCUUCCAAUUCUCAUUUAUU